CCAAAUUGCAAAAGCUACACUAAAGUUUUAAAAACAAAUAAUUUCUCCAACCAAAAAGAGAAACAAAACCCAUAAGCAAUUCACCAAGAUUCUCAACACUACAUGUGAUUGUGAACAAAGUCCCCCAAAUCAUGCCCACAAGGCCACAACAUCAGACAUUAACUCAACCCUCCAAGCAAAGUAUCAUUGCAGUUUGCACCAAUUCACAAACCACUUCUCAAAUUCUCUCUCUCUUUCUCAGAUAAACCCAUGAGUACUAGUACAACUAUGCUCAUUCUCAGCUUUCUCUACCUUCUAUUUUCAGCAUUAAUUCCAUCAAAUUCAGGCAAUGCUACAUGCAGAUCCUAUUGUGGAAACCUCACCAUAGAUUACCCAUUUGCGCUCCAUUCGGGCUGCGGCCACCCGGGUUUUCGAGAACUCCUGUACUGCAUAAACGAUGUGCUUAUGUUUCACAUAAGCUCAGGAUCUUACAGGGUCCUAGACAUAGACUAUGCUUAUCAAGCCCUCACUCUACAUGACCCUCACAUGUCAACUUGUGACAACAUAGUGCUAGGAGCAAAAGGUAACGGCUUCUCCGUCGAGCAAUGGCGGGCCCCGUACAUGAAUCCGACGGCUGACAACGUAUUCAUGUUGAUAGGCUGCUCAGCUCAAUCACCACUCUUCCAAGGCUUUCCGGGAAAGCACUUGCCAUGUAGAAACGUUUCAGGCAUGAGCUGUGAAGAAUACUACGGUUGCCCAGCAUGGGAUUUGCUGGGCGGCCAUAGGAAGGUGGGCUCCAUGUUUGGGUCAGGGCCACCUGAGUGCUGUGCAGUGCCAUUUGAGGCCAUCAAGGCCAUUAAUCUUACCAGGCUUCAGUGUGAAGGGUACAGCAGUGCCUAUAGUCUUGCCCCAUUGAGGCUUGAUGGGGCCAAUGGGUGGUCUUAUGGGAUCCGAGUGAAAUAUUCUGUUCAAGAAAAUGAUGAAUUUUGUAGGGCUUGUGAGGCUACUGGUGGCACCUGCGGGUAUGGAACUGAUGGCAUUAGGCAAUUGUGCAUGUGUGGGAAAUUGAAUUCUACAUCAAAUUGUGAUUCUGUAAAGUCAUCAUCAACAAGAAUAUACUCUCUGGUGGACAGCUAUACAUUGAUAGGAUCACUGGUGUGUCUGCUAGCAUGGAUUACAAAGAACCAUUAUCCAUCACCAUAUGUUAUGCAUCUCAUUAUGUAAAUGUCAGAUUUAUAUAUUGUUGGCUUCUUGCGUGUUAUAU